GUGCGAUCUAGAGCGGGCGGGGAAAAGGGCAGCUGGUUCCUUUAGGGAUUAAGUCCGGUGAGGCGGUCUCAACUGUUUCACUAGGUUUCCUCUCGACCUUCGCUGACUCUUUCAGGUCCACAGACUGAAGAAUCGUCUCCACCACCAUGGGAGGCGGAGACCUGAACCUGAAGAAGAGCUGGCACCCGCAGACCCUUCGCAAUGUGGAGAAAGUGUGGAAGGCGGAGCAGAAACAUGAAGCGGAGAGGAAAAAGAUUGAGGAGUUGCAGCGAGAGCUUCGAGAGGAGCGAGCUCGGGAAGAGAUGCAGCGCUACGCCGAGGAUGUCGGGGCUGUGAAGAAAAAAGAAGAGAAGUUGGAUUGGAUGUACCAAGGCCCGGGUGGCAUGGUGAGCCGCGAUGAGUACCUGCUGGGGCGCCCCAUUGACAAGUAUGUUUUUGAGAAGAUGGAGGAGAGGGAGGCCGGCUGCUCUUCUGAGACAGGACUCCUCCCAGGCUCAAUCUUCGCCCCGUCGGGUGCUAAUUCUCUUCUUGACAUGGCCAGCAAAAUCCGGGAAGACCCUCUCUUCAUCAUAAGGAAGAAAGAGGAGGAGAAAAAAAGAGAAGUACUGAACAAUCCUGUGAAAAUGAAGAAAAUCAAAGAGCUGUUGCAAAUGAGUCUUGAAAAAAAAGAGAAGAAGAAGAAGAAGGAGAAGAAGAAGAAGCACAGGAAACACAAACACAGAAGCUCGAGCAGCGAUCGCUCCAGCAGCGAGGAUGAGCAGAGCCAUGGCCGAUCUCAAAAGAAGAUGGCAAAUUCCUUUCCUGUUUUGUCCAAAGUCCCUGGAUAUGGCUUACAGGUGAGGGACUCUGACCGGAACCAGGGGCUGCAGGGGUCUCUGGGUGAACAAAGGGCAGUAAAGAACCAUUCCCGGUCAAGCCCCUCCCCCGCCAGGCAUGCCAGCAGGAAAAGCACCAAGGAAGAGAGGUCCCGGGACAGGAGGUCUCGAUCCCCCGGCAGAAGGUCACUGUCCCCAAGGCCCAGCAAACAGCACACCUCUAAGGCAAACAGGAAGGAGAGAGACAGCCCGUCACCUAAAAAGGAGGUCUACCAGCGGCGGCAUGCUUCUGGGUACACCAGAAAACUCUCAGCGGAGGAACUGGAGCGGAAACGGCAGGAGAUGAUGGAAAAUGCCAAGUGGAGGGAGGAAGAGAGGCUCAACACCCUCAAGAGGCACGCCAAGGAGGAUGAGCAGGAGCACAGGCUGGAGAGGUUGGACUCUCGGUCCGGCAAGUUCAUCCACCGCAUGAAGCUGGAGAGCGCGUCCACCUCUUCCCUGGAGGACCGGGUCAAGCGCAACAUCCAUUCUCUGCAGCGGACAUCGAUGGCUCUGGAGAAGAACUUCAUGAGAAGAUGAAAACCAGUCUCUCUUACUGGUUUGCCUGACUUCGCCAGGGAGGCUGCUGACUCCUUAAGAUUCUCUUUAUAAGAGUUCAAAUGGCUUCUUGUACAGAUGAAAAAGCACCACUGUUCCAAGGGCCUUUUGUUCACUGACCCCUGAAACAUUUCACAUCCUUGCAGUACUGAUGCGACCUGAUUCGGGAUCCGGGAACCUUGGCCAGAUGCACUGUGGGCUUUGACUGUGUUUUAGGGGAUGGUACUAGAAGGCUUGGCUGCCUCUCCCUCUUCCCUCCCACCUGAAUGAAUGGAUCAGACUUCCAGAGGCCUCUCCUCAUAGCCACCCACAUGGAUGGUGCUUACUGGGAUACAUAAGCGUUGACUUUACUCAGUAGAUUAUGUGACAGAAUAGCCAAGCAUCACAUCAGGAAGAGCCAAGAGAGGGACAAAGAAGCUGGAAGAGAGGACAAAGCCCUAAGUGAACUGCUAACUACCUGGGCUUUGAGCUGUAAUGGUGUAUGUGUAUAUAUACAGAUGUCUAAUUCCAUAUUUGCUUUUGAAAAGUUAGUCUUGUGAGAAUAUUUUGUUCAAUAACCCUGUCAGAAAAGUAACACAGUAAGGCAGCUUGGUGAGCUUCCAGGUUACUGACAGAAUGUAGCUGUGGGGUAGCUGACCUUUGACAUUUGGAUAUGACUCUGUCCUCUCCAGAUGUGUGAGGUUGCAUUUAUAGGUGUGUAUGGCUUCAGGAAGGACACACCUGCCAAGGUACACAUCCUUCUCUGUUCCUCAGAAUCUCACAGUGGGCAGCUCUGUGGGGCGGGAAUCAGGACCCACGUCAGGGGUUCUGUGACUUCUAAAAGAAAAUACGGAGGAAGCUGUUUGUUUUCUGGCUACUUUUUGUUUGUUUGUUUGUUUGUUUGUUUGUUGUGGCAGGGUCCCCUGUAGCAGGCUAGCUUUGAAUGUACCGUGUAGCUGAAGAUGACCCUGAACUUUGGUUCCUCUGACCACACACAGUAGCUGCUGCUGCUGCUUUGUGGUUUGUCUGAUACAGGGCCCUUAUUGGCCCAGGGUGGCCUGGUGAUGGCUCUCCUGCUUCCGCCUCCCACCCCCAGCUUCCUAGUUGCUCUUUUAUCCUGUAAUAACUAAAAACCUAAGUAAGACUCAAGGAGCCACUUCUAUAUCCUUACUGCCAUUCCUUUAAUCUUUCACCAGAAGCUCUCGUUUGACCAGGGAAUUUCUUGGUGCUCUUUAAACAGACAACAGAUUCAGCCUAGCCAUGGCUGACCUUAAACUGUAGAUCUCCUGUUUUUCAGCCUCUGGAGCUGUGAUUACAGACCAUGUGGCCCUCAGAGGUGCUCUUAACUCAGAUUAGUUAAGCCAUUUCCUUGUUCUACCAGUUCCUUAUUCCUCCUAAAAUAUGUUUGGGUUUUUUUUUUUUUUUUUUUUUUAAGCACUAAAAUUCCAGACACCGUAAUUCUUAAAACCUAGUUUCCUCCCAGACAAUGUAACAUUAUUCAUUUAAUCGCCUCAUCCUGCUGCCCUACGCUAUAGUUAAUUAUGGCUUCUAUUUUAUUACUUGGUAAUAAAGGCUACAUUUAUUUUUGUAA